AACACAAAACAAAGCUAAUCUGCAGAGCUCUUGUUGAUAGCACCAAGACAGGAAGCACCAGCAAAUAUGAAAAUAAUAUAUUGUCUUCUCUUCGUUGGGAAUAUCCUUGUGAACGUCCAGACAAAGGACGUGGCUCCAAGAUCUUCGUCACACCAGUAUCCGGACUUGGAGUUUAAGUGUGAAAACCGUAUUGGAUAUUUUGCUGAUGUAAUCCGGAAUUGCAAGGUUUUUUAUCUGUGUACAAAAGAAGGAUUGAAGUACAACUUUGUCUGUCCUCCCACCCUGGUGUUUGAUGAGAAAGACUCUGUUUGCAAACGAAAAGAGAACGUAGACUGCAGGGGGCCAGAAGAAACGAACGUUUUGAAGAGUCCAUCUCACAAGUAUCCAAAGCAACUUGAGUUUGAAUGUAAAAAGGACGCCGACCCUAAUCUUUAUUAUGUUGACACCAUAAGGGAUUGCCGUCACUUUCACCGCUGUGUGAAUGGCAAGAAAUACGAGUUCAACUGUCCAGAAGGCUUAGCAUUUGACAGCAGUAAGCAGGCUUGUCUUCUAAAGGACCAUGUCAAGUGUGACCGUAAAGAGCCAGAGGAAUAAGUCAUUCUCUUUGUUCAAAUAUGUUUACGUGUGAAGCUACUUGUUAUUGUCAAAAUGUUAAAAAUAAGUAAUAAUUAAAUGUGUAAUUAAUACUUGAAACAGUCGGUACUUGGUGAAACUCCAUAAUUACAAAAAAAGAGGAAAACAAAGAUAAUUGUACGUUUCAUAAAUAUUUCAUGUAUGACAACUUGAUGAUGUCUUUACUACCAAAACCAAGAUCGUCAUAAAUAAAAUAUUUGUGAAACGUACAACUGUCUUUGUUUUCCUCCAUUUUUUUAAACAAAUAUGGGCUUAGUUUGAUUGUACUAUCGUUAUAUUAUCAAACAAUGCAAGUUAUCUAUUUUACUCCAAGAAAAUGUGAUUUAGGACGUUCUGUAAGCUAAUAUAAAAUAUAUUUCUCCAAAUUAACCUUUAAGACAAACUUGUCUCAGUUAUUUUGAUUAUUAUACACGCAGGAUAAUUAACUGUUCAUCCUGUACUGAUUAAAAAUAUUUGACUAGCAGUAGCAAUAACAUAUGAAAAUCUAUGUUGAUUUUUCACUGUUUGGAAAUUAUGAAUAUUAAAGAGAAACUUAUAUAAA